AUGGAAGUCUACUUGGUCUUGAUGGUCUUCUGGGUGAAGGAGGACUUCUGGGUGGUGGAGUCCCUCAAAAGUCAACGCAAGGCUUUGCCUGACAGGAACAGCUUGUAUGAGCUGAAGGCCUGGCCUGACAUUUUAAAACUAAGUUCAGUUGAAGGUUCUGAAAAAAAAAAAGCGUCGUGGAAGGUCCUACACGGGAGUGAGCUCGUACUGAAUCUGUACUCAAAGCUGACACUUAACUUGCCAGGAAUCUUUCUCUUUCUGAGUGGAUCUUCGGUAGAAACGAACAUCACAUCGCAUAUUGCACUGACACAGGAUACCCCUGGUGAUCUCAAAUUAGUAAUUAAGGAUUGUGGCAGCCUCUUUGGGGGCUUUAAAAUCAACCUGCGGAAGGGCCUCUUCACCAAUAUAGUGGGUGGUUUGGUGAACUCUUCUCUUCGGUCUUUCCUGCCUGCGCUGUUUUGCCCAUUAGUGAAUAUUUGGUUCGGCAUCAUCAAUAUUCAGCUACAGUUUCUCGACCGCGUCGUCUCUUUUGGACUUCUUGGGAAAAUCCAUUCUGCCCUCUCCAAUGUGCCGGUGACGACAGGGCAAUUCGUGGAGCUGGAUUUACAGAAUUCACCUUUCCCAAGCACCUUCCUCGACUGGCUCCUUCAAACCGCAGGCGUCCAUCCUGGCAGCAGCGUCCAGUAGCCGCUUCUUCGGGGAGUCGGGGG